AAAGCGGAGCUUCCGCGGAGACCGCAGCAAGAUUCCGUAAAACGCUCCAGAACCAGUAAAACCUUGAGCUAAAUUGUGAUUUUCCUGGCGUGUGUGCCUCCGGACAGUUCCUGCAUCGAAGGGGAAGAGAAGCAAUCCGAAACGUGUUCGUUUGACCGGCAAACAGUUUUAUUUUAGCGGCACCUCCCAGAUUAGGCAAGAGCGGCAGGCACUCGAAGUCGCGCUUGGGAUGUUUACAAACACCGGGAAAUCGCGAAAGGCCGGCAUUCCUACGAACAUCUCUGGAUCGGAUAUAAAUCUCAUAAAGUAGUGCCGCCUGCCCCACGAUGAGCAACGACAGUGACAAUGAUAGCGAUAAAAAUGAGGGCGGCCUCAACCUGGCCGGCUUCCUAUUCGGCAACGUCGACGAACACGGUAACCUGGAUGGCGAUUUUUUGGACGAGGAAGCGAAACAGCAGCUCUCCUCACUGUCCCGGAUGGGCCUGUCGUCGUUUUUGUCCGCGAUGCUGCACGACGAUGACGCCGAAAAACCAGCACCGGCAUCCAACAGCGACAGCGAUGAUUCGUCUUCGAGCGACGACGAUCGGAGAAGGCGCCGCUACGACGACGACAGCGACGGAGCGAGCUACAAAGUCAAAGCCGAGUGUGCCGUCGACUAUUCCGACAUCCAGGAACUAGCCGAAGAGUCCCUGCCUCCUUUGGUAGCAACGGAAACCAACGGUGAAAAGGACGAAACGACCGGAACGGAAGAAUCCAGCGAGAAGGGUGCAGAAAUAGCCAAGGAAGAGAAACCGGACGAUCCCGAUGGUGCCGAUGGGAAAGAGACCACGGACCCGAAACCGGCCGAUGGAGAUGAAACGAAAGCGGAAUCGGAAUCGGAACCGGCAACCGGUGAAGCCGGUGAAGUGAACGACAAAGAUCUCAUGCCACCUCCGACGGCACCGGUCAGUGGUGAUGGAACCGCAGCAGCACCGACCGGCGGCACAUCCUCCGAUCCCGAAUCCGCCAAGGAUAAACCGAAAAAACUCGAAACACCGCUGGCCGCGAUGCUUCCCUCAAAGUACCAGAACGUAGACGUCCGCGAGUUCUUCCCCGAUUUCCGGCCCGAUAAGGUGCUGCGCUUUUCCCGUCUCUUCGGCCCGGGAAAGAUAUCGAGUUUGCCGCAAAUCUGGCGUAGCGUACGCCGGAGACGAAACAAGAAACAUCAGCAAACGCGUAAACCGCGCGACGGAUCAGACUCGACGUCCGAUUCGGAUGAACCGAGACGGCGGCACCAUCAGUUCCGUCCAACGUACCCCCCGACACCGCCACGCGAUCAGUGGGCAUCGGAUGAUGAGCUGCGGUUCACCAGCCUCGCCGCGGACGAGGAGAAGGAGGUGAAGGACAAGGAAUCCGAUAGCCGGGGUGACUCGAAACCGAAGGUUGCCGAUUGGCGUUUUGGUCCGGCGCAGGUGUGGUACGAUAUGCUGGAUGUGCCGGAAACGGGCGAGGAUUUUAACUACGGCUUCAAGAUGGGCGAUGCGGCCAAACUCGAGGCACUGCCCUCGGUCACGGCACCAACCAGUCAUGCCAUCCCGGACGAUGCCUUCCUGAUGGUGUCCCAGUUGCACUGGGAGGACGAUGUGGUGUGGGACGGUAACGACAUCAAGCACAAGGUGCUCCAGAAGCUCAACUCGAAGGUGAACGCCGCCGGUUGGCUACCAUCCAGUGGGUCCCGUACGGCCGGUGCCUUCAGUCAGCCGGGCAAGAGCCUUCCGGCCACCACACCCACUGCCAUGGGCAGCUCGGGCAAAUCGUCAGGCGGCACUAAGCUAAGCAAGACACAGAUGAUCAUCAAUGCAGCUCAGAAGGCGCAGGAAGAGAGCGACGACACGUGGUACAGCAUCUUUCCGGUGGAGAACGAGGAACUCGUGUAUGGCAAGUGGGAGGACGAGGUGAUUUGGGAUGCGGAAGCGGUAGCCAAGAUCCCGAAACCGAAGAUUCUGACACUCGAUCCAAACGAUGAGAACAUCAUUCUCGGCAUUCCCGAUGAUAUCGAUCCUUCGAAGAUCGUGCGCAACACCGGCCCUCAGCCAAAGGUGAAAAUCCCGCAUCCGCACGUAAAGAAAUCAAAGAUUCUACUCGGCAAGGCGGGUGUGAUAAACGUGCUGGCCGAAGAUACACCACCACCACCGCCCAAAUCACCCGAUCGCGAUCCGUACAACAUUUCGAACGAUGUGUUCUAUAUGGCCAAAACGACGGAGGCCACACUGAAGAUCAAGGUUGGGGGAGGAAAUUUGCUACAACAUUCGACACCCGUCGUCGAACUCCGGGCACCGUUCAUUCCCACGCACAUGGGUCCGAUGAAGCUGCGUGCCUUCCACCGUCCACCGAUGAAAAAGUACUCGCACGGUGCACUGGCAACGAGCAAUCCGCAACCGGUGCUACCGCUCCAGAAGCACAUCAAAAAGAAGGCCAAACAGCGCGAACUGGAGCGGAUUGCGUCGGGUGGUGGUGAUGU